AUGAAAACUCGAACACACAAAGAAUCGAUGCCCAUGCGCAGUGGGCGUAGGAGGGGGGGCAGUGAGGAGAGGAGGGGGCGACGCCCUCACCCCAGUCCCUCUCGCGCCGAACGCAACGAACGACAAACUCAAAGAACUGCCGGAGAGGAAUUGGCUGUUGGCCGUUUCAAUCGACGAUCCCAAGGCCAUGAUUCGUCAGAAAGCGAGGGGGAGGAACUUGUGCCUCCACCCAAAAGACAGAAAGUCCAGGACUCUACUUCGUCCAAUCCCCCAACUUCAACCCAUUCAACUGACACUUCAACCUCUGCCCCACCCCCACCCUCAGGCACUGGCCAAUCACGAGAAAGUGACAAUGAGGAUGGCCAGUCACAAGGCAGCAGGAGUUCUGUGGGUGGGAGCUUAGCAAAUAGCAGCAGCAGCAUAAGCAGUGGGCGCGACAUUGAUCAAGACAAUCGCUCCUCUUCCCCUAGUCUCUCUGCCUCCCCACUGGCUAGUUUGGAUUCUGAAUCCGACUCCCCAGACUCACCAAAGCACGGAGACAGGGAACGAGACAAAAACAAAGAUGGGGGAACGCCGAAAUCGGGAGGCGAUGACAGGAGAUGCCCUGGAAGAGGUGAUGAUUCCGGCAUUGUAGAAAGAAGAGAGGGAGAUGGAGGAAUAGAGGACGAUAGAUCUCCCCUGAAGCCCUCCGUCUCCUCCCUGUGUCCCUCCCAUCGUGGUGGGAGUGACUCGAUGAAUGACAGCAAUAGCAACAGGAAAUCUUACUUUUCUCUAGAAUCUAAACUAGUCACUAAGAUGGACUAUGCAGGACCUGGGGGUCCAGAUGGUGUGCACGGUAACAAUCGUUCAAACUUCAAAGGUGGUAGCAGCCAAUGCGUGAACAAAGCAGGAGUGGGCGGGGCAGAGUAUCCCCAUGGCAACACCAGUGCAAGCCUUCCACAGCCCCUCCCACCACCACCUGCCCUUAAGCCUCUGGAGGUCGGCCAGAGCACACCUGUGGGGGAAGGCAAGACAGACAAACUGGAGAAGGGUGAUAAAUCUGCACCUCCUUCACUCCUUCCUCAAACCAGCCCCUUAUCCCAGCAGCCUCCACAAGCUCCUCCCCACCCCCACCACUACAGCCCCACUAGCUGGCCAGGAGGCGGAGCUACAUCUGCCUCAGGUUGCCCGGGAAGCUGGGGGUAUACCCGCUACCCUGGUAACCACCACCCACACCCUCAACAACCAUCAGUCCAGCAGCAGCAGCUGCCAUCAGUCUACAACACACCUUCCUCUCGACACACAUCCCAUCCUCCUUACCUGCCCCAUCCCCAUUCCCACAGAGAGUACCUGCCCAGGUAUGGGGGUGCAGGGACUGAGAGGGACCGGGAGAGAGGCAUCAGGGAGUAUGGGGGAGGGAGGGAGAUCAACCGGGAUGGAGGUGCAAAUGUGAAUGCUAAUAACAGCAUUAGUACCACUGGUAUCGUGGGACCGAACAGUAACCAGGGCCGGGACUUUGGGAGCUUGGCAUCUGGCCAGAACCGGGAAUUUGGAAGUCUGGGACCACAAGGGCGGGAUGGACCAGCUGGUCGAGAGUAUGGGCCAGGAUUCAGAGACAGGGAACGGGACAUAGGGAGGGAAUUCCCCUUACAGACCCAGCAACACCAGGGCCAAAGUCGUGAUUUUGGAUCCACGGGGGCGACAGGGGGUGCAGGGGGACAUGCCAGAGAUAAGGAAGGCAGGUGGGCGGAGUAUUCAGGGCAGCUCAGAGAGCCAGGUAGCAACAGUAACUCUAGCAACAGUGCUGGCAGUGUUACAACCCCGACUGGCGGCCUACCUUCGGCUCCAAUGUUGAACCGCGAUCCGUCAAACUCACCCCAGAACAACUCUGGCCACCCUUCCAUGUCCUCCACGACACCCCACAACCAGCCCCCGAACACUCCUAGCAGAGAUUAUCCCUCCUCUAUUGAAGCAAGUCACCAGCAGGCCCUACAAGGACAACCUUCCCAAGUCACCUCUACUGUGGGCGACACCCAUGCUCCCCACUACCUUCGAGAGUACCCCCCACAUGGGGGAAAAGACUAUCCUCCCGGUGCUCCACCUUCCUCUGUGCCUAAUUCGGCCAGGGACUACCCCAGCCCCACUGGUCUGGCCCCAAAUCUGACAAGGGAAUAUCCUGGAGGAGCAUCAAUGCCUCACCCACCCCAUGCUCAUUAUCCUGGUCAGCCAGGUCUUCCUUUGCAGCCCAGAGAGCGAGAGAGGGAGAGAGACAACACCACCCAGUCUUCCCUUUAUCCUGGCCGCGGUCAUCCACCAUCCCUUUCUCCAUCCGCUUCUUCCACAGCACACGGACAUCCUUCCUCUGCUCCAUACCCUCCCCCACCUCCUCCACCCCCUCCUCUGCCAUCCUCAACCUCUCUUGUUCAGCCCCCACCCCCUUCCAGCCUGCCGGCCAAUCAUACUCGACCAGGGACGUACCCGUCGUCCAAUCAGACUCCUCCAACACCCAUGUCUCCUCUACCCAGCCCCUCCACCAAUCAAACGGCUGGAUUUCCAUCCUUUCCGUCAACCUCCACUCCCACGGCAAACGUCCCUCUCCCAGCCUCAGGCACAGUCACAUCCUGUUCCCCAGGGUGUCGGCCCUCUCCUUAUCACAGCACUUUAAAUAGUCACGCCCCUUUCAGCAGCUCUUAUCAUGCCAACGGUAACAAUGGAAAUGCCAUGGCAGCUAGCAACAGCAAUAUGAGUGGAAUUGGUCCCAACAGCCACAGCACCAACAGUAACUCUAACACUCACUCGCAGUCUCUCUCGCCCCAAAACUCUAAGAUUCAACCAAAUCUCUGUAACCCUGGCAACGGACCUGCGGGCCCUCCACCUAGCACAACCACAGGAGGAGACAGCACUUCUGAUUCGUCAACUGGUCCUUUGCCACCCCCUGUCAUCAAGGAGGAACCAGUGGAGGAGCGAGAAGAAACAGAAAGCCCGUCUCCUGUGCUGAGAAGCCCCUCCCCCGAACCAAAACCUGUUGACAUUCCAAUUCAUGCCAGUCAGUCAGCGCGAUUUCACAGAGUCCUCGACAGGGGCAGUGGGAACUCCUGCGCCCGAAGUGACGUUCUUUUUGUUCCGCUGGACGGUUCUAAGCUGUGGAAGAAAAGGAACGAGGCAAUCGAGCGAGCUCGUCGAGAGGUGGAACAGAGAGCCAGAGACCUGCGAGAGAAGGAGAGAGAACGAGAGAGGGAGAGGGAGAGAGAGAGAGAUCUGGAGAGACACCUGCAGCAGAAGGAUGCUAACUCCGCAGGAGGAGGUUUAGGCGCCGGAGCGGCGCGUCAAGGCUCCUCGCUCUUCUUCCCCUCCUCCACCUCCAUCCUUCUCGACUCUUCCUCGUCCUCCUCUUCCUCCGUCAACCCCUCUCACCCCGCGCCCCAUCCGCAGCACCACCCGUCCCACCACGCCCAUCACGCCCACUCUCUCCACCCGUCACAUCCCCUCCACCCCUCCCUCUCUCACUCCAUCCCUCACUCUCUCCUUUUGCCCUCCAUGGCGGGGGGUGCCGCAGUGGUAGGGGGCCCACAGGGAGCGCUGGGAAUAGGCCUGGGGGGUCCGUAUUUGGGUCCUGACACGCCCGCCUUGAGGACGCUGAGCGAGUACGCCCGUCCGCACGCGAUGUCGCCGCUGGGCGGGGCCAGCCGAGCGCCCGCCCACCACCCUCAUUUGCAUCACCACGCCCACCCUUCCUUCUUCUUGCCGCAGUUCCAGAACCCCGCCCUCGGCCCCGCCCACCACCUCCCGGCCGACGCCGCCACCGCGGCUGCCAUUUUGGGGUUCCUGUACGGGGGUGGUUUGGAUGGGGGGCCAGCGAUGGCGGGGCACCCGGGGGCAGGCCCCGGACCAGCAGGGAUGGGCGGAGCCAGCCUGGGGGGAGUGGGCUUCCCCCAUGCGGUGGCGACGCACAGAGAUCGUAUAAAACCGGGGUUCGAGUUCAAGAGCGAGGAACGGGUGUAUCCGGCUAGCGCCCUCGCAGACCCCGCUCUCUCUCUGAGUCACGCCCAUUCCCAUUCUCUGUUACUGGGGGGCGGGGCUGGUGCCCCACCAGCCAGUGAGGUUGCUCUCUAUGGAACGCCGCCGCCUCCAGCUCCACCCCCUCAGGCCCUAACCAGUGCGACCAGGAACCCAAAUCCUGCCCCUCAGCCUCUGUCAGCCCCGCCCACAUCCUCUCUCCUACCCCCAAGCCUCCCUGCCCACCCACCUCCCUCUGCAGCUUCGGUUCCUGCCGCCCCUGCUGCUCCUGCUCCUCCACCACCUCCUCCUCCUUCUUCGUCCAUCCAUCACCAUUCUCUGCAUUCUUCCCUCCCGAACACUCACCCCUCCUCUCAUUCCACACCUUUCUCAUCACGAGCCACGCCCCCCGAAGGAUACUCCACCCCUAACCGCACCCCUCCCAGCUCAGAGAGAGACAGGAGCACGGAGCGAGAGAGAGAACGAGAGCGGGAGAGGACGUUGCCGAGUGCUGAUAGGGAGCGAGAUAGGGAGAGGGAGAGAGGAGGGACAGGGGGAGGUGGAGGAGGAACAACAGGAGGUGCUGCUGGAGGAGCAGCAGCGCAAGCAGGAGGAGGCGGAGGAGGAGGAGCAGGAGGAGGGGAGUCUCUGGGACGCUUGCAGAUGCUGAACGUGACUCCUCAUCAUCACCAGCACUCACAUAUUCACUCUCACCUGCAUCUUCACCAGCAAGACACAGCAGCGGGAGGGGUCCACCCCCUGAUGGACCCGCUGGCGUCAGGCUCUCCGUUGGCACGGUUACCGUAUCCAGGGGCAGGGUUAGGGCCUCCGAUCCUAGCACACCCCCUCACUGACAGCGAAGUUCUACGGCAGCAGCUCUUCGGAGGCCCGUUCCGAGACCUUCCGCAGGCGUCCACUCUGAGCAGCUCCAUGUCUGCGGCGCACCAGUUGCAGGCCAUGCAGCAGGCUCAGAGUGCAGAGAUCCAGAUACAGAGACUGGCCCUAGAGCAGCAGUGGAUUCACCAUCAUCAUCAUCACUCUCUCACGCAGGACGAGUACUACAGCCACCUGAAGAAGGAGAGUGACAAAACACUGUGA